CAUUCCAUAGUCCUGAGCAGCCUGUGCAAUUCAUUAUCAGUUCUAUAUAAAACUAUUUAACACUCUGAUUAUAUAUUGUGUUACACAAUAUUCUAUAUUUUAUUAUUAUUUGUGGGAAAUGACAGCAUUUUGGUACAGGUGCACGCGUGAGGCAUACGACAAGUGGGACUACAUCGUUAUUUCAUCUUUAUAAUCAUCAAGCAAUGCUCUAGCAUUUUGUUUUAGCCUUUCCAGAGAAUAGUGACAAGAAUAUAGACCCCUCCUCUGAAGGGAGGAGCGUGCAUUUUUAUACGAUUAUUAUGUUUUUGUUUUUUUUAUUAUUUUAACUCUUGCUCUAACACGUCUUCACUGAGUGAGUGGCAUUGGCAUACUGUCAAUCGCUCACUACCGCUGCCAUCAAACAACAUAAAGCACACACAGGCAGAAGCUCAGGCUCAUAAAUUUCAGCAGGCAGAUAUUUUUCGCAUCGCUUUACAACGUGUAGCCUAAUUAAUUUUUUGCAGUUAUUUUUUCUAUAAUUUUCCCAGUAAGACUAUCAACUUUUUUCUACAUUGUAUUUUUUUAGUUUUGCGUUUGGCUACCAGUGACACUCAUUAUUUAUUUAUAUUCCGUUAUCUUGAAAAUAAUUGCUCUACAUUUACAGUUAGCAGGUACUAAUUUACUAUCAACGUGUUGUAUUUCGUUUUUCAUUUUGUUUAUUUUUUCAUUUACUUCUUAAUUGCUUUUUCACUUUGGAUAUUUUGUAUCCUGUUGACAAUAAUGGGGAUUUGAACAUUUUCUUGAGGAACUGCACGAGGAAACAAUCAAAAGAAGACUGCUAAUGAGAUCAGCAAGGAGCAAUCAUACACAACACAUCAAAUCAAAACGAGAAAGACGAAUUGACAAGAGGUGCAGAAUACGAGGGACAGCGAGUUUCAUUUUGACAAAGAAGUUUUGAACAAUUAUAUCUCAUGCAUUUUCGGACAAAAAAUUCAUAGAUACACAUAGACACUGCGUAAAGAAGGAAGAUUGCAAUAAAGUGAUUACUUGGACACGCGACAUUGAUACUGGUACUCACCUAUUUAUUUUUUCUCAUUCGCGUAAGCGUUGUUUUACCAAUAUAGGGUACAGCUCUGUAACGCAACACAUGUUGUAGCUGUUUUUGUAUGUGAGUUUUUCAUACCAAGUUUAAUUUUGUGUGGCUUUGUGCAUUGAUUCGGUUGCGGUUGACUAUGGACGAACAAGCCCGGAUCAUGCAGGCUCUUGGCGGCGUCAGUUUGGCUGGCCACUCGGUACAAGGAGGCAUGGCACUGCCGCCUCCACAUGGACACGAUGGGACAGAUGAUGGGAGAAAACAAGAUAUCGGUGACAUUCUGCAUCAAAUAAUGACUAUUACUGACCAAAGUCUGGACGAGGCGCAAGCAAAAAACAGGAAACAUGGACUGAACUGCCACAGGAUGAAACCCGCACUCUUCAGCGUCCUCUGUGAGAUCAAAGAGAAAACAGGCCUCAGUAUCCGUGGAGCCCAGGAAGAGGACCCGCCCGACCCCCAGCUCAUGCGUCUGGACAACAUGCUGCUGGCGGAGGGCGUGUCAGGACCAGAGAAAGGGGGCGGAUCUGCGGCGGCCGCUGCUGCAGCCGCAGCCUCCGGGGGGGCCUCGGACAACUCCAUUGAGCACUCAGACUACAGAGCCAAGCUCACGCAGAUCAGGCAGAUCUACCACACAGAGCUGGAGAAAUACGAACAGGCGUGUAACGAGUUCACCACCCACGUGAUGAACCUGCUAAGGGAGCAGUCCCGCACACGACCCAUCUCUCCCAAGGAGAUAGAGCGCAUGGUGGGCAUCAUCCACCGCAAAUUUAGCUCCAUCCAGAUGCAGCUCAAACAGAGCACCUGCGAGGCCGUCAUGAUCCUACGCUCUAGAUUUCUUGAUGCCAGGCGGAAAAGGAGAAACUUCAGCAAGCAGGCGACGGAAAUCUUGAAUGAGUAUUUCUACUCGCACCUCAGCAACCCAUAUCCCAGUGAAGAAGCCAAAGAGGAGUUGGCCAAAAAGUGCAGCAUCACAGUAUCCCAGGGGGUGGGAAGCACCAUCACAGUAUCACAGGUAUCCAACUGGUUUGGCAACAAGAGAAUCCGGUACAAGAAGAACAUAGGCAAGUUCCAAGAAGAAGCUAACCUGUACGCUGCUAAGACUGCAGUAACAGCAGCACACGCAGUGGCCGCAGCAGUGCAGAACAGCCAGACCAACUCCCCCACCACGCCCAGCUCCGGAUUCCAGAUGAAAGACGAAGAAUUUCAGCUGGACUCUGCAGAGAGCAAAAACACUCUUUUAACCAACAUGUUUACUGGUUCUUCAGGUUCUUUUAACCUCUCAAACUCUGGGGACAUGUUCUUGAGCAUGCAGUCUCUGAAUGGGGAUUCUUACCAAGGGGCACAAGUCGGAGCCAAUGUGCAGUCACAGGUGGAUACCCUGCGGCAUGUUAUCAGUCAGACGGCAGGAUACAGUGAAGGUCUGGGGGGGAACACUAUGUACAGUCCACACAGCCUGAACACUAAUGGGGGAUGGCAAGAUGCAACGACUCCAUCUUCUGUAAUCUCCCCGAACGAAGGACCUAGAAGUGUGCACUCUGAUACCUCAAAUUGAUCUCUGUUACCGAUGCAUCUGAUCCCCAAACUAUAAAUCCUGAACUUUCACUGACUGAUUAACCAGAGAGGAUUAACUUUUUUCAAAACUUCUUGUCUGUUGCAUCUACCAGUCUUCAACACCCCUCGCAAUGUCAUUCUACAAUAUGGACAACCAAUGUUUUCUUGGUAGUUCAUUGAAUUCUUUGCUCAAACUCCAUCUAAUGAUUACAGUUCACCAUUGCAAUAUUUUAUGUUUAUAAUUUUAAGGUGUAAUCACAUACAAAAUCAAAUAGGACCUCAAUCUCUAUUCUGCAACAUGUAUUUAAAUUGACAAUUGAUAUAAGAAAUUGUGUUUCCCAAGCUGAAUUUAUUCCCUAUGCUGACUCUAUGACAUUAUAUGUGAUGUCUCAAUAUUUUGGGUUUUGGCGGCUUAGGAUAAUUAGUUUCAAUAUUAGUUUUGCCUUACAAACACCAUGUUGACAUGCAUUUUACAUUGACAGUGUAAUAUUUACAGUGCUAAUUGGACAAAUGUAUUUUAAAAUCUUGGGACAUGUUUGACAUUUAUGGAUUGAAAUAAUAAUAGGGUUGAAAUAGUUUUCGGUCUAACAUUUAUAACAAAAGAUAGCACUUCAGGCAGGUGACAAGGUACCAGUCACUCGAAAUAUGUUGUAUAUAAUAUAGCUUAAGAAUAUUUAUACAUAACACCAAUCAAUACACCACUUUAUUACCUCAUUCAAACUCAUAGGAAACAAUAGAUUUUCCACAUUUCUAUAGAUUAGAGUGCUCACUUACUACCUCUAAACAAUAUCACCACCAUAGAUGUUUGUUUUUUUAACAUUUGAUUUGGUUGUUUUCUUUACAUCUUGUAAUUAAUGCUUUGUUUUUGUUCAUGUAAUCUAAUGUAUAUUUUAAUAUUUUAGGAAAAUAAAGUUGCUUUGUUGCAACUAAAAACCAACAAAAAGAAAAUGUAUGAUGUUAUCAAUAAUAUUGAUACUAAGAAUAAUAAUAAAAAAUCAUAAAAGGGAGUGGUUUUUGUGAGAGGGAUGGCUGAAGAUUGGUCAUAAAUUAACACCAAACAGUAAAACUGUUGUAAAUACUGAAGAACAUUUUGAAUGUUGCUUAUCUUGUUCUUAAUUCAUGCAAAAAGUCAUUAUAAAAAAAUUGGUAAUGCAUAGAGGUUUCAGUAUUCGAAACUGUACAUUUCAGGCUCUGUUUGACAGGGUUCAAAGUUUCUCUUUUUUGUAUUGUAUGUGAUUCUGAAAUUGAUAAAGUCAUGAAAAAUGAUUUGUGGAAGUGAUUCUAAUGUAUUACAAAUGUUUAGUGUUUCUUUCUAACCUGACUACACCCUAGACUGAAAAGUCUUCCUUGUGGUAGUUAUGUGUAAUUUCAAACAUGAAUAAAAAUGUUGCUUUUAAGA